AUGAAGAGGAGCUGGUCGGAAACGGAUGCGAAGACGGAUAGCGUUUUCGUAUCGAAGCUCUUGGUUCACCCUAUCAAGAGUUGUAAAGGCACUGCCGUCGAAGAGUGGCCAUUGAAGAAGGAAGGUCUGCUCUACGACCGGCUAUGGUGUGUUUCGAACGCAUCCACGGGGAAGGUGCUGACUGCAAGAGAUAUCCCUAAAAUGGUCCUCAUACACCCCCGGAUUGAUCGCGGGAAAGGCACGUUGGAAGUCAGGUUCCCCGACGACUCCGGCUGCGAUGCGUUCUCGACCCCGUUGGAUCCAACACCCCAAGUCCUAUCACGUUGGGAGACGUUGUCCAAUCUUUUUCAUUUUUCCGUACACGGGCUUGACGGAUACAUUUGCCAAUCGUCUGAAGCUGGUGCGCCGCCGGAUGCUCCUUCCGCCUCCCUGAGCAAGUUCCUCGGUCUGUCCGUUCAUCUCGUCAUCAAGGGACCAAACCCGCGUUACUGCCAACCAACGCACGCGUUCCCUACCCUGCCUGCGAAGCUAGUCUUCCAGGAUGGCUACCCUUUACUUGUCACGAGUGAGGAGAGUUUGAAGGCCGUUAGCAGCACCACGAACAUAUUUGCUGCGGCGCAGAACGUUGAAAGCGAGAUCAAGGGCUUGACUGAGAAGUGGAAAGACUCUGAACUCGAAAUCGAACGGUUUCGGCCUAAUAUCGUGCUCAAGGGCGCCGGCGUGCCAUUCGCCGAGGACCUGUGGGAGGAGAUCACUAUCGCAAGUAAUGUCUCUUCCUCCGGCGAUGCGAUGCAUAUCGUCCUGGUAUCUCCGUGCACGCGAUGCCUGGCAAGUGCUCUCCCAAAUGUUGACCCGGCUACAGGUGUGCGGGAUGCCGCGGUUCCCUUCAAGGUCUUGAUGAAGUUCCGCACCGGCGUGGACGCCGAACCCCAAAACCGAAACAAAGCUUGCUUUGGCGUGAACGGUAUCCCGAGGAAAGAGGGUGUCAUUCGGGUCGGUGACCGCGUGGAGAUACGACGGUUCAAAGAGACGUUCUGA